GUCGCCAUAGCAACUCGAUGUUAAACUAAACAAGGCGUGCACCUGUAUCCUAGACUAGCUCAGAAGAGGCUUCGCAGAUUGCUCAACUAGAAAUGUCGCACGCACAGGCUGAAAGCGUCAUCAAGAACAUUAUUCGGGAAAUUGGACAAGAAUGUGCCAGCAAAGGACAAGCGGUUUCUGAAACACUCGUUGCAUUUAUUGUAAAAGCUGUUGUUCUGGAUUCAAGAAAUGAAUUUAAUGUUGACCGAACCCUUACAAAAAAUGAUGUCCAGAAACUCAUAAAGCUCUGUGUAGAUAGGCUGCUGGAUCAAAAAAGUCCCUCUUUAGACACAAUCAAAAUGCAGGUUUAUUUUGAUAUGAACUACACAAGCAGAGGUGAGUUUUUGGAUGAGCACCAUAGUGUCCUGGAGUCCAGAAUGGCCCCUGUGAGCAGAGAGAUUACAGACAGCCGUGCCCGAUCACGUGAUGAACUUGAGACCCUCUACCGCAAAAUUGUCAGCUUUGUGCUUCUACGUUCUGGCCUUGGGUCACCCACUGAUAUCAGCACAGUACGAGAGGCAACAGCUGCUUUACAGAGUAUAUUCCCUCAGUCUGAACUGGGCACCUUCUUGGGCCUUAAUAAAAAGGAUAAAGAACGUCAGUUAAAUGAACUCACUAUGAUUGUCACUGGAAUCCGCCUCUUCAAUAAGGACUCUGGAAAAGGAGGAGAAAGUAUUGAUAACUUGCCAGCAAUUUUAAAUGAGGCCAUCCCAGCAGCCAGUAAACACUAUGAAGCAGAGAUGAAAUUAUCUCUAAACCUUGCACAACGCUAUACUACCCUGUUGGAGAAGUUAGCUUCUGAAGACUCGGAAAAAGAUCAGAAUAUGCAGACUGACCUGAUGAAACAGGCUCUUUAUAAUGUCCGACAGCAUAUUGUUUUCUUGCGUAUUAUUAUGUCUGAGAUAAUUACAUGUGCACAGCAAGUAGAAUCACUACAGCAACAGUUUGGAGUGAGGAUGGAGCAGUUGAAAUCAACAGUGCGCACAAAAACUGCAGUUCCUACUGCUCAAGUGUAUCCCCAUUUCAUAGCAUUGUCACAUCUAUGGUCUGCAUUCCAAGAUGAGAUGGUUCUCCUGACUGUUUUCAGCAACAUAGCAGCCAAUCUUGAGCCUUUCCUGUGCCUACACUCACAGCUCUUCCCAGACAGCACAAUAGAGCAGCUUUUGGAGGGCAAUGAGGUAAAAACAGAUGAACAAAGAACUGAAGAAACAUCAGGUGAUCGAAUUGACCCUUCUGAUUAUAAAAAACAGGACUGGUUCUUCCCUGAGACAACUGCUAACUUUCAUCAUCUGCCACUUCAGUACAGGGGAAUUUGUGGGUAUACCCUUGUUGAAAAGGAUGGCCUGCUAUUUUCAGGUAAUCCAAACAUUGGAAUUUUGAAGUACAAGGAGAAAUACUACAGUUUCAGCUCAAAGGAGGCAGCACAAGCAUUUGCUGAAAAUCCAGAGAAAUAUAUAGCUGCUGUGACAGAGAUUGCAAAACAACAUGCUGAGCUCAUUCAGUUGCUGGAACUUCAGCAUCAGUUUGCAUCUGUUACUCCCUAUACAGAGGUUAAAGAAGGGGACAAAGUAAUAGUAAAGCCAAUUACAAAGUGUGACAGUAGCACCCAGACAGACACCCAUCUGCUGCCUUCAAAUAUUGUCAAGUCAUAUGAAUGGAAUGAGUGGGAACUCCGCAGAAAGGCAAUUAAACUGGCAAAUUUGAGGAAUAAAGUAACUCACUCAAUGCAGACAAAUCUCAGCCAUUUGAGGAGAGACAACACAUCCCAGGUAUAUCUACCAAAGCACAUGGCUACUCAAACCAAGGCAACUGGUACAAGUAAUGUACCUCAACCUAAGAUUUACUUGGCUGGCCUGCGUGGAGGAAUGUCUAAAACAACACAAAUGGUGAAAAUGAAUUUAACUCAAGAUUAUUAAUAAAAUAUUCUGGUUUUAUUCUUUUCAUAUCUUUCAGAAGACACACUGUUGUAAAAUAUAGAUUAAAUAUGUAUGUAUUUUAUAACUUAUUUUUCAAGGUUAUUCUAACAAAACUACUGUAUGUUUUUUUUAAUGGAUUUAAGUAUUAAGGUCACGUAGCAGCAAAGUGAGACAUGUACACAUAACCCCCCCCCCCCCACCAACACAUUUAAUAAUAAUAAACUCAGAGCCACCAGCCAAACUAGCCUCCGUCUCUUUGGGAUGUAGGAAGAAACUGUCAAUAUUUCGCAUGAACACAGGAAAACAUAAGCUACAGACAGUUCUUAGGCUUUAAAUCCAAUCUUUUAGAGCUAUGAAGCAUUAAUACAGACUGCUGCACUACCCAGAAACCUCCCACCCAAAACUACAGAAACUAGCCUCUGCCUGGACAGGCUCAAUGUCCAGGCCUUCUCACAUCAUCUUGCGAUAAUACUUGGCUCGUGUGAACAUCCAAAUGAUCAAUUGAGAGAAUAAAGUUUUACUUUUAACAAUAACAUGCAUGGUUUAUACAUAUUACUGUACUUUU